GUAUUCAAGGAUCUGUCGGAAACCACCGAUGUCAUUAAAGCUGAAGAUGAUAUUUUGGAUUACAAUGAGAAUGUUCAAAAAUUGUGGAGUGCAUUAAUGAGGAAUGAAUCAAUCCUAGUUGAACAAAUAGAUGAAUUAAUCACUGAAUUUGAAUUAAGCCUCAACGAUAUGAUUGAUACAUUCAUUGAAAAUGUUGAAGUAAGUAGUGUCAAUAAACGCUUCCAGUGCCGUAUACGCUAAAAUAAACCUCCUUAUUCUGCUCUGCACUGUUGUAAAGAAAAUUUACGUCUUGCAUUCCUUUUCGAGAAUAUACACUGUUGUCCAGCUGGUUAAAAUUAUCUCAUGUAUGGAAUAAAAUGCAUUCUAGUAACAUCAUAUCCUUUCACUGUCUUUGAAUAACAGUCCAUUAAUACCGAU